AUGUCGAAGGACAAGAGCUCCAACCCAGACCUCUCCCUGCACCCUCAUGCCACCGGCCUGGCCGCCACCUUCGCCCAGUCCCACCUCAACGCCUCAGACGCCGACAGCCCCUUCACCCUCUACGGUAGCUGGUUCUGCCCCUUCGUCCAGCGCGUCUGGAUCAUCCUGCACCUGAAGUCCAUCCCACACCGCUACGUGGAGAUCAACCCCUACCACAAGGCGGCCGAGUUCCUGGCACGGAACCCGAGAGGUUUAGUGCCGACCUUGGCGGUCAAUGAUUUGAAACUUGCUGGAGUCGAGGCCAAUGGUAUCGGUGAUGACGCCGGCAACGAGGAAUUCAACGGCAACAGCAGCAACGACGCGACGACCACCGACGGAGUCCAUCCCAAGGAGAAAAUCCUCUACGAAUCAACAAUAAUAGCCACCUACCUCAAUACCCGCUACCCUCAACCCCACCCCCUGACCUCAAACAACGCCUACACCGCCGCCAAACAAGCCAUCGCCAUAGACUUCAUCUCUACGCGCAUCAUCCCGGCCUUCUACCGCUUCCUGCAGCAUACGCCCCAGAAACCCUACACCCUGGACUCCUGCCGCGCCGAGUUCUGCGGGCACUUGCUGGAGUUCACCCGACAAAUGCACUCCCAAGGCCCGUUCUAUGGCGGGAAGGACAUCAGUAUGGUUGACAUCGCACUGAUACCCUGGGCGCUGAGGGUGUUUCUGAUUGAUCACUACAAGCUACCUGGUGGGAGUGGUGUGGGGAGACACACAACAGCUGGUGACGACAAGCCAGAGCUAGGGAGCGAAGAAGAUCAAGACGCCCUCUGGCAGCGAUACUCAACCUGGUACAAUGCCAUCUCCACGCACCCCAGUGUGCAGGCUACGAUGAGCGAUCGCGAGAGGUAUAUCGAGGCGUAUAAGAGGUACGCCGAAGAUACCACGGGCAGCGGGGUUGGUAAAGCGACAAGGGAAGGGAGGGGGUUGCCUUGA